UUUUGUGUUUUGAAAUUGGAUGCGUUUACGGAGCUCCGUUAUAUUUAGCUCGCUCUUUUCUGUGUUCAAAAAAAAAAUAAGAAAAAAAAUUGAAUUAAUAUAAUAAUAAUAACGAGUCUUUUCUACAUACGACAUAUCGGAGUUUUAUGUCGUCGUCACACGGCAAAAGAGAACCGAACGCACAUGAAUGAAGUCGAGAAGAAAUCUACGCCGCGACACGUCUACACUCUUGGAAACUACUUCUUAUUAGUUUAAAAUUCAUUUUUCAAAAAGGAGAGAAUAAUGUUCUAAAUAUAUUUCAGUGCGUUGUUGUUAAAAUAUCAGAAAAAUUAGUGAAGUGAAGAUCAUUCGGAAGAAAGAGUUAACUGUACUUAAUUACAGUAUAAAAGAGAUAAAAAUUUGAAAAAGUAAUAAAAAAAUUAAAAGUUGACCUCAAAUUACCUCAAAAAGAAAGAAAAUUAAGAUUUUAUACAAAUUUUAUGCAAAACAGUGCUCGUCCAGUAUAAAAAUUUCUCACCGGCGAACAUAAUUUGGAUAUGAAUUAACAUCGUCAUCCAAAUGCAUCUGAAGUUUUCGAUCGAUGAUGAGUCAAAAUGAUGUGGGAAACGUUCCCUUUUCAUGGUUGCCCGCGUAUGGCGAAGCCGUGGAACAAGCCCUUAAUGCCAGUCGCAAUAUUUUAGAGACGAUACUUGAGGAAACGUCAGACGAUGAAGAGGAUUCGGAAAUUUGGAAUAAUUCGGGCGAUUGGGCGACGUCAAAUUCGGAUUCUGUGACAAAUUCUGUCAUUGAAGUCGAUUUGAAUCAAGACACUGAAACACUUUCUGAACGAGAUUUCAUUUGCCCCGCCAAAAGACGAAGACAAGACACCGAUGGAUCUGUUGAGACAAAUUUCGUGUUGCGACGCCCAACAUCGGAUGGCGAUCGUUAUCGCGUUUUGGAAGCAAAUUCGCUGCUCGAGGUGCCCGAUUUCCUGCCUGCAAAGAGAAAUGAACAACUGAGAUAUCGCUUUGAUGAACUCGGAUUAGCACCCGAUAUGUAUUCCGACUCCGACAGUCUUCCGUACGAUUCGCUCAGCAGAUCAUCGUCUCUCAUCCAAUUCGAGUCGCUGGAACGACAAUUGCUGCAAAACGACGCCGGCCCAACCUCAUCUGCGGAAAAUCCGAAGCCAAUUACGGGUUUGAGUGACUUUGAGCGCAUGUUGUGUCGCAAAAACACGACAAAUUUGCUGCAAAACCUGAAAAUUCCCGUGCCCAAAGUGAAUGUUUCGGAAGUACGCGACGCUGAGGACGAAGUUUCAGAUGAUUCGGAGUCAAGCGGGGUUGAUGAAAGUACAAAUUCGAGUUUUUCGAGUGAAGAAAGUUACUAUUUGAAUCACAGUAGCGACAAAAUAAGCGAAGACGAAGCGGAAAUCAUCAAAAUUGGGAAUCGUAGUGUCGCGAAAGGAGGGUGCGUGAACGAUAAUUCAUUCAGUCGUCGUUUCUCGAGUAAUUGUAGCGGUAAUAACGACGCAACAAACACGGCGCACGGCAGUGUGAACAGAAUCGCAAGCAGCAACGGAAGCAGCAAUAAUGUGCGCAACAAAAAUUCCGUCGAAAGUUUGAGCGAAGACAGCGGUUUUUGCGACCAGAGCAUCACGAAUAGUUUGCGGCGCGUAAAAUCGAAGAGUAAUCCGUCGUUGAACGUUUUGGAGAACGGGCAUUUCUCGCAGCACGCGAUGAGCGGCGACUCUCACGUCGUACUUGACGAUGACAUUUGCUGCAAGAGCAUGGAAGAUUUGAGUGCGAUGGAGACAAAAUCGCUUGGGGGAACGACAAAAACCACGACGACGAGACGACGCACCGAGUCUAAAAAUAGCAGCGACGUGAGCGAGAGACAACGACAAACGACAACUACUCAGAGGAAAAUAACUAUCGCCGAUAGUCAACAAGAGAAAAUUAGUAGACAAAAACGCGUCAAAUCAUCCAGUUCGCCGGAAUUACGCUGCCAAGCGACGCAAAAGAAAAAUUCAGUCCGUGAAACAGCUGAGAACACGUCGAGCGAAGAUCUUUUUCACGUUUCCAGUGUGCCCGGAGACUUGAAUUUGUGCGGAGAUCCCGGAUCGAUUGCCGCUCACGCCUCCAAAGAGGUUUCUUGCGACUCAAUUGCCACGCAUAAUGUCAAUUUGUUCACUUUAAACUCACCGACGAUCAGCAAUAGCCCCUCCGUGAUACCAAUUAACCCAAGUUUGACGGCAAGUUACGCGAAUUUGACCCUUUUGAACUAUUCUGACACGAAUAUGGCAGGAAAUGGAUCGGCUUCGGAUCUCUUCGGCAAUCGAAAAUACGCUACGGGAGGACCUGAUACCACAAAAAGUGAAUUUACGACACUUUUGGAGGAAAUCACGGCACAUUUCGAUCGAAACUUGUCCAUUUUGAAUGAUCAACAGGAGACUUAUGAACCAUCAGUGAGGACAAUUUAUGAAGAACCUUGUACGAUGGAAGCUCGUCCCGUGCCUCUUGCUCGCCCAAAACGUCAACCGCCGUUGCCGCCGCCCCGCAAAUCGUCUAAAAAUAAAAUAUUAUCACCUAUAUUGACUUCGAGCGUUACGUCACAGAUGUCACAGUUGCUACAAAGUACGCGAAUGGAUGAUCAACCGUCCAAAAAUACGACGCAACGUGAUGAAUGCGAUGCUUCGUCGUCGUAUACCGCUGCACUUUUACAUCCUCCGAGCUACACGGAAUAUCUUUCGACUAAAAAUAACUCGAAUUCGAAUCCAUUUGUCACGUUCGAUCAGGAUCCAACGAAUCUUCGAACAACCUACACGGAGUCCCUCGAGCAAUGCAACUUUGAUUCCGCCGAAUGUUCUGCCGUGGAUUUAACCACAAUUCGUAAAAAUAUGGUUUCUCCGUCGUUCGGCAUGAAAGGCAAGGAUUUGCAUCAUCAAAAGACGAUUCAUGGGAGAGUUUUGGUGCAAAGUACGCCGAAUUUGAAUGAAAAUCGGCAAAAAUACAAAAUUUAUGACAUCGAUGAUAGUUUGGAGCAUCACAAUUCGUUGAAAGAUGUCACAAUGAGCACUUUUAUGGGACCCCGACAGGGAAUUCUCACGCAAUCCGGCGAAAAUACGGCAGAAACGAAUGCUGGAUCGAAGAGCGGAUUGUCGAAAGGUGUCAGUUUUUGUCCAAUUGUGAGCGAAAUUAGUUGGAAAGACACAAAUGUGUCAGAUGAUAGCUUAUCGGGGGCAUCGUCGAAUAGCAGCAAUGGCGUGCCUGCAUAUCCAAAGUACAAUGUUGACGAGGAAGACGAUGAUAUGGAUGACGAUGAGUUGAUCGCGUUGGAGAAUUAUCGUACGAAUCAAGCGUUCGAUGACGAGGAAGAUGAUUCAGCGGUGCAAGGAACAAAGAGUUGGAUCAACGAAGACGAAAUGAUAGGCAAGACGUCGUGUGGUGACUUUGGUGAAUAUCUCCUACCUAUUUACGGCAGUGUUAGUGCGCCAUCAACGUCGUCAAACAGCAACUUCACAACUACAUUCGUGACGAUCGACAACCAACACAACGACAAAGACGCCAUACGCCACAGAAGCGUCAUGCACAUUCCGAUCGUUAAUAACAAUCCCGUCGUAGAUCCCGUAGCGGAUCGUGCAUGUGGUGAAUUCGUGCCGGAAAGAGAGGCAAAUAACGAUGCAUUAACGACGUCCAUUCAUAAGGCACCAGCGACGGAAUGCCGUAGUAGUGUUAAAAUGUACGCGAACGAGAAAAGAUCUGCUGCUGUUGACGUCGUCGAUAAAAGCCAUAAUUUAGCGAGCAACAAUAAGAAUAUCAAGAACAAUCAGAUGAACAACCAAAAAAUCAACAAAGCCACGUAUUUGGAUGCCGUGUCGAGCGUCAACAAUAAUGGCACGGAAAUCGCGUCUUCGAACAAAAAUAACAAUCACAUCCUGAACAACAAGUUUGAAGUAACGAAAAAAUCGAAAAAAGAUGGAUUUUUGUCGCGCAUCUCGUCGGGCUUGAGAUUUUCCUUUAGAGGCAAAAAAUCCCCCAAAGCCGGUGCUGUUUACAAUUACAAUCAAUUCGAAGCGGAUCAACGUCAAGCGGACUUGGCAAACAAGAAAAACGCAAAAGUAACGAAAAAUAAUCAGGAAAUCGUGUUUAUUCCGCUGAAAGAUCCGACGCAGGAGAAUGUGCAGUCCUUCAUUCAGCACGAAAUUGCAGCGCAAGCGACAUCAGCUGACAAUAACAACCACAUGUUGCACGGAAACAACAAGAAACCCCCCGUGCCGAGUAAACCGCCUCGUCCCUUCGUCGCUGGCAGACCCCCCAUUCACCCCAAAUCGGCACAUGCGCAUCGCGCAGGAAGUCUUUCGCCGCCACCCAGAGAUACCGCCGUCGAUGUCACUCAUUCGCAACAUGCUUAUCACGACUUUGUGCCUGCGAAUCAGUUACGUGCAGCUACUCUCUCGGGCAACACCGCGAAAUAUCGAGACGACGACGACUACAACAUGGGUAGCGAGCAAAAAAUCGGCCUGAUCGAGACAAAUUUGGAUACACACGAGACGGUAAUUACGGGAAAAACGCAGAGUUUGAUGGAAUUGGGAGGACCCGGGAGUUACAUGAAGAAAGGACAUACGCUCGGAGGACCCGUGUCACGUGCAAUUAUCAGCAGUAAGGCGAACAAGACGAUAAUUGGCAACAGUCAUCAUCAUCACAACAACACGCUCGACGUAGAUAGCGCCGAUUGUGCCGCCAACAAUGGCAGACCGCACAAAAGCAUGGAAUUCUUAUUGGAUAAAGAUAAUCAUCAGCAAGUUUUGCCGCCAGAAAAUGAAUUACAGAAAUCACAUGAGACCAAUACAAAUCUCAGCGAACACCAAUUACGUGUGCAGGCGUCUCUGCAACGUCUCAAUGUGCCUGACUGGUAUAAAUCGUACACAAGCGGAAACAAUACGACGAUUGGAGCGUCGCCAGCGAAUCGUUCGACCCUCGAUUCGAGUGGUUUCCUGCGAAAACGGAACUCGGAUGUUGGCAGAUGGACUGGAUUGAGUUCGAAAACGACGUCAUUGAGCUCGUUGGGUUCACAGCGUUCCGACAGGAGUCCCGUUAUGCUGAGUCCUUCGUCGCAUAGUCAUCAUGGACAAACAGGGUUUUCGAGAUGGUCAACAUCGCACUUGAAUUCUAAUCAAACAUCGCCAAGUGUUUCGACACGAGGUUCAUUUUCACGCGGCGUAUUGUCGGCAGGCGGGUACCAAAGCACAGGAAACACAUUACGUGGAUCCUACAGACAACCGUAUCUCGGAUGGAGAAGUCAGGAAAAGCUCGCAGCACAACAACAGCAGCAACAGCAACAAGCGUCAACUUUGAGAACGCCCGCUGAAAGACUCGCAUCAUCGUUACUGCAACAAAAGCAACAACAACAACAAAGAGACUCUGACUCCAAGCCGCCAAUUCCUCCGCAUCAUCAACACCAUUAUCAGCAACAAUCCGCAUCGCCUGUCAUUGGCACGCCCGAAAUCAAAGACGAGAUCAAGGAAGUGACAUCUGCCAUCGUGCACUACGUUAAUGACCAACGCAACUCCCGCAGUCGAUCUACGAGCCCAAGUCAAAGAUGCUGGCUCGAAUCGUCGUUCGUUGGCACAAAACCCCUCGAAUCGCCGCAAACGCCGGUCAUCGACAAUGCUACAACAACAAAUGUCGUUGCCGCCUUCCAAUCGUCUUCGUUACCUCGGCACACAACGUCGUCGAGAAACAAUGGAGCUGCCCUCAAUGGUAAUGGUGAGUCGACUUACGUGUAGAAAAUAUGCAAAAAAAAAAUAGAAAUAUAUUUACACAAUGUGUAGAAUACAACAAAAAAACAUGAGAUCCCCCCUUUUAAAAUCUUGUCUUUUAACGUAAAAUAAUUAAUUUUAUUUUGUUUUGAUUAAAAUCCAGUCAAAACCGAAUUUUUCAUUUUGUAUUGUAUGAAUGUCUUUUUUUUUUGGCACACAUCUAAUAUAUUAUAUUAUACAAUUAUAAAAUUAUGUUAGACUAGAAGAAUAAAUAAAAUUUAUAAUUUUAAACGAAAACAAAACGAAUCGAACGAUUUGCUAUUAUUAUUAGUUAAUUAAAUAAAAUUAUUAUUUUUCAUGCAAAUUUAUGUUAAUAUUAUG